AUGACGCAAGAAUCAGAGAUUUCGUUGCUUCUAGACGAACCGGCGCCAGCCUCGAAGCUGCAAGCAGCCAAGGACAUCUUUGCAGGCACGGUCGGAGGAGUUGCUCAGGUGCUGGUGGGCCAGCCGUUCGACACGACGAAGGUCCGGAUCCAGUCUUCGCCGACGCCGGGGACGUCGCCGAUCGAGGUAAUCCGGUCGUUGCUCAAGAACGAGGGUCCGCUGGCGUUCUACAAGGGCACGCUGUUGCCGUUAGUCGGGAUCGGGGCGUGUGUGUCGAUUCAGUUCAGUGUGAACGAGUCGAUGAAGCGGUUCUUCACGUACGUGAACGACGGGCCGAACCGGAUGAACUCGCUGCAGUUCCUGAUUGCCGGCGGGGCGGGCGGCUUUGCCAACGGGUUCUUGGCGAGUCCGAUCGAACACGUCCGGAUCAGGCUCCAGGUGCAGACGGGGAGCAGUGCCGGCGGUGCUGGCGUGUACAAGGGUCCCAUCGACGUGCUGAGGCACAUCUACUCGGCCGGCGGCACGGCGGCGAUAUUCCGGGGCCUUGUUCCGACGCUCAUGCGGGAGUCGAUCGGUAUCGGCGUCUACUUCAUGACGUUCGAGGCCCUCGUGCAGAACACGAUGCACAAGCACAGCAUUGCCCGGCAGCAGGUCGAGUCCUGGAAGUUGUGUCUCUUUGGCGGCCUCGCCGGAUACUCCAUGUGGAUCACGGUGUACCCUGUCGACGUCAUCAAAAGCAAGCUGCAGACAGACACGCUCGGCGCCUGGAAGUACAGAAACAGUCUCCACGUCGUCAGAAGCAUCCUGGCUUCUCCGCUGGGCUGGAGGGGCUUCUUUGUCGGCUUCACCCCGACGAUCCUCAGAGCUGCGCCGGCCAACGCAGCCACCUUCAUGGCUUUCGAGUGGACCAUGCGUCUCAUCAACUAA